UAUGCCGGCCGAUGAAUCUGGGGGACGGGGCUGAGAGCUUGCUUAGCUCCGAUGCCCAUCAAGGACAUCAAAGAUGCAACGUGUAUUUUCAACUCUAUCAAUGAAAAAAAAAAGAUUCUUCGUGAUCAACAAUCUGUGCCCAUCUCCAUCUCCAAAUUCCGACUCGAUUACAAAUACUCGGAUACGGAUCGAUCGGCUUGGUGGGGCAGACGGGCUGCGGCCAAAAUGCAUGGCGUUGCUCGCUGUUUUGGAUGAUCUAUGCAAACGCAUGUCACCUCGACGGAGCCAAACCUGUCUUGGCUUCAGUUCUCGCCCGCACUCUCCCUCGCCGCGGUCGCAAUUCGGCCGAGCAAACGUCCCAGACUCCAUCGUCCCUCGGCUCCACAUCCUGCCGCUCGCGUUGCUCUUGUCUUACUGAUUCUCUCCAACCCCAGCGUCUCUUUGCUUUCAUGUAUGUCCCUCUGCCGCCAAUGUUCAAAUUUGAAGUAUGUGACUUGUUUGCAUCUCGCGCAACGGGUUUGCGGGAAGAGGAUCUCGGGGACACAUGGCAUCCAGCGGGUGUCAAUGGAUCUCACCCGCGUGGUCUGGGCGGCUUCUUCCAGAUACCAUGUGAUGUGGGGCCUCGUUCCGAUCAACCCCCCCAGGCUCCAACAGCCGGCAAUCGGUCACGGAGCGUGUGGGCUCCAUCCUCCUGGUCGCACCCAGCCAGCCGAGGAUCGCUCUCUGUGGGUGUGCGGCGAUUGCUGCUUCGGCCCGUCGGAUGCCCACGCAAAGACUGCUGUUGUCUCCGAUGAUCACCACGGCCGGCUUUGCAGGGCCUCAUAACAGCAUUGGCGCCGCUUGGGCUCGAGGCCAUGGGC